AUGAGUAGCUCAUGGCUUCUUCUCAUCCUGAUCGCCCAAGGCGUCCAAGAAUCAGCGAAGGCGCGCGCUUCCCUAUCCACACGACCUCUCUAUUUCCUGCCUCUCCAUAACAAAGGCUGUUUCAGAAUUCCAUUUCGGCCGUUAUACCUGUCAUACGGAGCGACGCAUGAAGGGCAAAGUCGCCACGCCGAAAAGACUGACUUUCGUAUCUUAGACAGCUUUCCCCGCAUUUGUAAAGGAGAGAAUACUGCCCUCCACCAGAUUGGACACGGCGCCCCUUAUGCUACGACUCGACUGUUCUUAUCCAACGCGAGCCAUGUGGAUACGUGCUGUAAUUGGAAUGUUGAACGCCUCCCGAGAAACACUCACUCCUCGCGCCUCACUAUCAUACAAUAUGUCUCCUUCUAUCCACAAAACCUUUUUCAUCUACACCAUCUUCUUUCUUAUAAUUCAAUAAGUGGAACAGUACAUCUCAUGGAAUCCGGAGCUACAGGUCGCAUGGCACUGGUGGCUUCGCGUCUGACCUUGUGCCCUUCUGGUGUCGGCGAAAGCGAAUGCAAUCUGGAAAAUACCACUGGCCUGACACAUCGCCUUGUGUAUGGGUACAGAUUUGGACACACCAGGAGACUCCUCCCCAUCUAUUCUACUCCUGAGUCCAUCAUCUCAAGACAAAUUUUAGACAGUCUCCUUUACUCAAAUAACACUUCAAACGCCCCCAUUUCCAGCUCGCACACUGAAUGCGAGCAUUGUUUUCCGAAAAUUAUCACCGUGAAACUCCCAACAGAUGCAUGA